AUGAAUACUGGGUACUGCGACUGUAAACAAGGCUCUGUCCGUCUGCAAGGUGGCCGCUCCAAGCUAGAUGGCAGGGUGGAAGUGUACCUUGGGGGAACGUGGGGGUCCAUUUGUAGCAACGACUGGGGAGACGAAGAUGCUACAGUGGUCUGCAGACAGCUGGGCAAGGGAUUUUCAGGUCGCGCUCGAGCAGUUCCUCUGUUCCGUCCAGGCACAGCCAAGCUCCACUGGACGGCAGUCCAUUGCCAAGGCAAAGAGCCAGACCUGCUCCAGUGUCCCAAGGCAACCUGGAAUGGCGAGGAGUGUUCUCUGGUUGCAGCUGUUACCUGCAACCAGCAGCCAGCAGGUGUGUCCCUUCCCAUAAGGCUGGUGGGAGGCCGGUCAAAGUCAGAGGGCAGGGUUGAGGUCCUCCAUGCCGGGGAGUGGGGUUCCAUCUGCGAUGACCAAUGGGAUGACAGUGAUGCAGAGGUGGUGUGUCGACAGCUGGGGCUGAGUGGCGUUGCAAGGGCAUGGGGCCAGGCACAUUUUGGCAAGGGUUCAGGCCGCUUGUGGUUGGACGAGGUGCGUUGCACAGGCAAUGAGCUCACUCUGGAGCAAUGUCCAAAAAGUGCAUGGGGAGAACACAACUGUCUGCACUCUGAAGAUGCAGGGGUCUCCUGCAAUCCUCUUACAGAUGGUACUAUUAGGUUGGUUGGGGGUGCCGGCAGCCACGAGGGACGUCUAGAAAUCUUCUACCGUGGUCAGUGGGGAACGGUGUGUGACGACGGCUGGACAAACUCAAACACGCAAGUGGUGUGCCGACAGCUUGGCUACAGGUUCGGAGAGACUCUCUCUCCUGGAGUGCCAGAUACUCCAGUUCCACGCUUUGGGGUGGGCUUAGGUCCUAUUCUGUUGGAUGAUGUGAGCUGCACGGGGAAAGAACCUAGUUUAUUGCUGUGCAACAGGAGGGAGUGGCUGCACCACGACUGUACACACCAGGAAGAUGUUAACAUUGCAUGCAACCCUGAGCACAAUGGAGAGGGUCUUCCAAUCAGUGUACCAGUGAGACUAGUAGGAGGAGAAGCCCUAGAGAAGGGCGUGUCGAGCUCUAUCUGUCCCGUCAGUGGGGACUGUCGUGAUGAUGGUGGACUGAUCAUGAUGCUGAGGUUGUCUGCAGCAGUUGGAUAUAGUGGCGUGGCAAAGGCCCGCGUGAUGGCAUACUUCGGUGAAGGGACGGGGCCCAUCCACGUGGACAAUGUGAAGUGCACUGGUGAAGAGCUUUCUUUAGCUGAUUGUAUCAAAGAGGUUCCAGGAACACACAACUGCCGCCACAGCGAGGACGCUGGGGUCAUAUGCGACUACGGAGCUCCGCAGCCCAGCUACAAAGUGGUGAAAGAUCCUGUGGACUCAAUUUGCGGUCUGCGGCUCAUACACACUCGCCAGAGGAGAAUCAUAGGAGGAGAAAACUCUCUGAGGGGUGGCUGGCCAUGGCAGGCUGCUAUCCGUUUGCGAGGAUCUCGAGUAGAUGGGAGGUUGGUUUGUGGAGCAACUCUCAUUGACACCUGUUGGGUCCUCACUUCGGCACACUGCUUCAAAAG